AUGGCUCAUGUCAACAAUGUGAGCCCUCCAGGGGAGUCUAGUUCAUGGAUCGUCGAGGAUGAGGAAGUCAACUUGUCCGAGCAGGAAAUCAUUGCUCUAUACUGUCGAACUGGCCCAUUCAGUCUAACUGGCACCGAACCUCCGGGAAAUUUCAACGAGGAGGAGCGAGAAAGAGUUACCCAGUCGAACAGAAUCAGCAUCCCAGAGGAACCGGUUCCCACUGCCUUUGAGGAAUUCCAGGCUGCCGGCUCAGUCCGCCAAACCUGGAUUGAGAAUCCUUCAGUGCCAUGUCCUAUUACUCGUUCUGAACUGACCGUUCAGCAUCUUUUGGAUCUAGGUUGGUCUAUUCAGGAUCGCGAGCCCUACUUGGACUGGUUCGAAGUUAAUGAGAUUCGGGGUCUUGAUGUCCCACAAGACCCCGAGGACCCAACUGGCCGAUUGGAGGACUUUGACUACCGAUUUGAGGAAUGGAGUGGACAGGGUGCCAAGUGGAUCGGGUGGACUGGUCCCAGAUUACUCGUCGUGUCUGACAUCGAACGAACCCUAGAUUCUACCUCCCCACCUAUCGCGGAAGUGACCAAGAUUGUGUACGAGAGAGCUUUUGAUAUCGAUGGUCUCAAGUACGUCUUUUUCCAAAACGUCGUUAACAAGCAAACUCAGGCUUUCAUCAAGCGCCUACUCUAUACGACGGAACGUCUGGGAUACACCUGGUACGAUCGCCCUGGAGACCACCGUGUCUGGGAGAGAAACUCUCCAGAGUACCAGGCUCUUCUAGGAACUCGGAUAGGGAAGAUUGUUCUAUAUUUGAUUCUUGCAUCGUACCUGCGUGGCUCGCGGCGCAUCACAAGGAUCGUGACCUAUCAUAUUGCAGGCUCGAUGACAGUCAACAUACGAUUUGACAUUGAGACUCUUGGACGUUCCUCGCGACGGCGCAAGUGUCUCUCGUGUUUGCAAGGUGGGCGCGGGGGCUGCUACAUUUUGUAA